AUGAGUUUAAGAUUGGAAAUAUUCGCAGAGAUCGAAUUGGUCAAUGUUAUGCCACCAACAAUUAGAUAUCUCGAUUUGGAGAAUUGUAGUUAUGAUUUCAAUAGUGUAUUCAAAGAUAGAUUGAUAUCAAUUGGAUUACCUCAUGUUAAAUCCAAACCAAGUAAACUCUAUGUGACAGCAUACAGGGCUGAUAUGAACAAAUAUGUGGAUAUUCCAUUUGGUAUUGAAACACUCUUAGUUCAACAUGUAUGGAGAUUUAGAAAAGAGAUACCUAGUUCAGUGAAAAAGUUAGUUCUUUACAAAGACAUAUUUGGUAUCGAUGAUCUUCAGAAAAGAUAUGACAUGACAGGUUCAGGUUCCAUUCAAGAAUUGGUCAUAAUCUGUGAUGAAUCAUUAUAUUCUGAUAUAUUAUUAAAUAUUACCAAAAUUUAA